GAUAAGGUAGACGAAGGUCAACCAGCACCAACGUCAGCGCAAGAUGGCGCAACAGAUGUGAAUAAGGCAAAGAAGGAGAAGAAAAAGUCAAAGUCGAAAGACCAUAAGAAAAAACACGACAUAAUUGAAAUCAACGAGACAAUCAUACCUUAUAGCCAGGAAGAUCUUCCCAACCCCGAUUCCAUGGACAUCGACUCGGGGCCUGCUGAGAACGAGAUCGUUGGUUCUGACGAAUUCGGGCAAAAACCAGUGGAUAAGGAAUACCCUUUCUUUACCCAGACCGUUUCCCAGUACCUCGCUUUAUUUCCAUCCGGUCUAAUCGAACCGGUGGAAGGCUUCGCAGAUCAACAUCUAAGGCCUCUCCUCAAGCGAUAUGUCCCCAGCUUCCGCGGCGUUCUGCUGGCGUAUCAAAACCCCCGUGUUGGUGAGGCGCCCGGCAGGGGAUCUUUAACUGAGGAAAGCGCAUCAGACGACGUUGUACUGCUCGAAUCGAUUAAUGAAUAUGCUGUGAGCUAUGGGUGGUUAACGGUAGAUGUAGACGUCUUCCGUCCUACCCGAGGCGCCUGGAUGGAAGGUAUCGUGAAUCUACAAGGCGAAGGUCAUAUUGGUGUUGUCUGCUGGGACCUGUUCAAUGCUUCGAUUGAAGCUGGUCGACUACCUAGUGGUUGGCAUUGGGUCGAUCUCCUAUCAAAGGACAAGAGCAAGAGCAAGGAUAAGGGUAAAGGUAAGCAGAACGACAGAGAAAAGACGGCCGAAGAAGCCAAGUUACCUACCCCUGAUCCCUUCGACGAUCCCGAUGACGAACUUGAACACGAUACGACCCAAAUACAUAUAACGGGUUAUUGGGUGGACGAGAAUGGCACGAGAGUGCGUGGAGGAGCCAAGCUCUACUUCCGGAUUAAGCAUUACGAGGUUGGCGUCAGCGGCGACUACGGCUACCUAAGUAUUGAAGGUACUAUGUUAAACGAAGAAGAAGAGAAGGCCAAAUACACCAAGGAGAUGGAGGUCUCAAGGCGUCGCAAGCAAAAGCACGGGGGCGUCUUGCGGAAAGAGCAGAAACGCUUACCCGAGUUCAGUAUGACCAAGUUCGGCGUGAAUGAAGCCGAAGAUAACGAGGCCCAACGUGCUCCCGUGCAAUGGGUCGCAAGCCGUCCCGGAAGCGACACGGAGUAGACGAAUCAUAAUUACACGUAUAUCCAUCAUUGGGAGUAGGCGAACAUCGGCGUCACUGGUUCGGUUGAAGGCUAUUAAAAAUUACCUGUUGCGCAUGUCGAUAUGAAUAUGCCCGUACGUUCAACUUCUCGGCGGAGGGCUAGUCCACGGUUGGGGUAUAAUUGAUAUUUAGAUAAACAUCUACGAGUUACUUGAUUCAUAUCAAGUAUUAGUUCUUAAG